UCAGAGUGUUCUGUCGAACCAGGAACAGCAGAGGACGUGGGAAAGAUUCUGCAAAUUCUCGGUGCCACCAGAACUCCCUUUGCCGUUAAAAGCGGCGGGCACACCGCCAAUGAGGGGUUCUCCUCUACAACUGGCGUGCAAAUUGCCAUGUCGCGCUUCAAUAACGUCGUCUACGACAAUGAAUCACAGACGGUCACCUACGGUACAGGCCUCAUCUGGGACGAGGUUUAUGCUGCGCUCGAGCCGUACGGCGUGAACGUCGUCGGGGCCCGUAUUACGGGCGUCGGGGUCGGCGGUGUCAGCAACGGUGGAGGGUAUUCUUGGCUGACAAAUCAGCACGGGCUCACGGUCGAUAAUAUUGUCAGCUUCGAGAUUGUUUUGCCUAAUGGACGGGUCGUCAAUGUAACUGAGAAGAGCGACCCAGAUCUCUUCUUCAGCACGAAGGGCGUUGUUACACAGAUUGAAGCGAAAGCCUACACCCAAUCACAAGUCUGGGGUGGUGUCUCGAUCAUCGUCGGAGCCCAACCGGAUGCCCUCAAUGCUGCUACCCUGAAGUUCCAAGCCAACGUGAUGGACCCUAAGGCACAAGUCCUUCCGACAUACACCGUGGCCGGUGGAAUGCCUGUGAUGACUAUCCUUAUGUUCUACGACGCGCCCAACCAGCCACCCGGCAUCUUCGACGACUUCCUCGCAAUUCCUGCGAUCGAACAGGACAUCAGCACUCGCUCGUUCUUAUCUCUCGUCCAGUCAUUGCCCAAUGCGACACUCGGUGCUCGGGCUGUAUACAAUACUGUAUCACUGACUCAUUUCACGCCUGGGCUGCUCGAGGCGAUUAAUAACGAGACCCAGGCACAGUUCUGGUCACAGAAGCUUGGACCGGAGUCCGCCUCUUUGAUAUCCUACGACGUCGAGCUCUUCCUUGAGACAAUUUUUACGCAUGGCACAGUACAAUCCUCCGCCUACCCACCAUCGCGCAAGCAUGGCCUGCUCCCGCUUAACAUCUACUACGCAUGGGAGUCCUCUUCGGCGGACCCGAUCGUGCGGGCUGCUGCCAUGCAGAGCGCAGCCCACCUGAAGGCUGUCGCCAUGGCUGAAGGCCAGGACAUCGGCGCCGCAUCUUUGUACGGCAACUACGCAAUCAAAGGCACGCCCGUAGAGCAGAUUUUCGGAGAGAGCCUGCCCCGGAUGCGCGCGACGAAGCGGCGGGUCGACCCACAAGAUGUCAUGGGUCUUGCUGGUGGCUGGAAGGUGUGUGGGACAUGUUCGCCUAUCCUUAUCGAUAUGAGCACAAACCCUGCUUAG